AUGCCCAAGCUCAGUCCAACUCUUACAAACGGUAUAUCUGUGUCGACACGAGCGAAGUCAAACAUCACCACGCUUGAUUGUGAUCUCAUCAAUGAUACAACGGUGGAUGAAGCCAAUAGAAGGGAUAUUGAUAAGGAGAUUCAGUCUCCAUUAUUCCGAAAUAUCCUUAAGUGGGCUGCACCUUUACUUGCCUUCUUCUUCACCCUUGCGAAUGGGUGGUACAGACCACCGCAAGAGCCAGACAUUUUUUGGCCGGUUACAAACCUCGUCGCGGCUGCUGCCAUAUUGCCUUUUCACGAUCAGUCAUUCUCAGACAUCCUCGGUAAUGUCGUGAAAAGCGUUGCGGUGGCAGCCAAUGUCCUUCAUUACCGGGCAACGGUGGGAAAUACCUCUAGACCAGUGAUAGGUCUUGUUAUCACCAUCGUUGUCUUCUUCUUGCUCUACAGCCGAAGGAGCAAUCUCAUUGGCGAUGGGCCCGAAGACAAAGGUCUUCGGGUUGUGGCCCCGUGGAUAUGUGCCCCCAUCGCGAUCGUCACCGUCUCAGAGCUUUUCAAACUGCUACAAUGGCGAAUAGUCAUCUGCUCUGCUAUGGUAAGGAGCAUCUACAACGCGAUGGCGGCUUCGUCGUUGAUCCACCUUCCCGUGGUGAAGCCCAUCAGUACGGAGACGUGCAUUGUUCUAACCUUGAAUACGUCCAAGACCAGCGACCUCUCAAUCUAUUUGAAGAGUGUUGUGUCACUUACGUUCGAAGUUCCGCAAAGUCCACCGGAAUUGCGCUCAAUACUACGUUUAGCAGAUUAUACGUUGAAGAGUAUCGACAAUACGUUACGUUUCCCGAAGCUAAGAGAUUAA